AAACAACUCAUGGCCUCGACCCAACUCUAUCCACCGCUUGCCAUCACAUCGAACUCACCCCGCAGACCAUGGCAUCGAGGCCCCCAGCAAUCCCAGGCCAGGGCCGUCGGCAUGCCCAUAAACGCGGCCAGCAUUCGCGGCGUUUCGGGUCCCUCACCCAUCUCAAACCAUCUCCACAGUCACUAUGACCCAGCUCCAGUUCCAGCCCGUCGGCGGUCCCAGCCCCGACGACCUCGAGAUCGUCGGUGUCGACUCGUAUGUCGUGCGUGCGCCGGCCGACGCACCCAAGCACGAGCUCGCCGGCCGGUCGAUCCCGGUGGAUGGUCAGAGUUUGGCCAUGAGCGACCUCUACAUGUCCACCUGCAUCUUCUUCUCGUCAGAGGCAGACCCUUCGCUCAAAGGCCGCACCCUCGCAGACGUCAAGGCUGCGCUCGACCAGGGCCUCGAGCGCCUCGUCGCCCAGUUCCCCGCCGCGUCGUCCAACUUUGGCAAGGGCGAGGACGACAUCUGGCACAUCAACUACACCGACCACGGCAUCCCCGUCCAGCUCGCCACUUCGCCACGCGCUCUGGGUCGGGGGUACAUUGGCGCCGGCGGCCGCGUCGACCACAAUGUGUGCGCGCGCAACUUUUACGUCGCCGACCACGCCCAUCCUGGCCUCAUCAUCAAGGUGACGAGGUUUGCGUGCGGUUCGGUCGCCAUCGGCACCAGCACCCACCACUGGAUCGUCGACUUUGCCGGUUACUAUGACAUGAUGGCGCUGCUCGCCAAGGCCAUGUCCCAGCCGCACGAGGACCUGCCCUACCGCAACCAUACCCGCGACAUUGUCAAGCUCGUAGCCAACGUGCCGUCCGAGCCGUUCCCCGCCGACGAAUGGUACAUCGAGAACGGCGCCGGGGUGUGGGAUAAGCGUGACUUCAAGCUUGCCCCGAGCAACGUCACCAACCGCAUGGUCUACAUUUCGCGCGACAAGCUCGAGCAGCUCAAGUUUGACACUGUCCGGAGUGCCCAUACCCUGCCUGUGGACGAGCGGCCCAGCAAGUUUAGCUGGAUCUCUACCAACGAUGCUAUCGCUGCCCUGCUCUGGAGCUCGGUCACUGCCGCCCGUAGGAUCAGCGACGCCGAGGGUGAUUCGCGCAUCGUGCUCACCGUCGACGGCCGUCGCUACGUUCCUGGCGCCGACUCGUACGUCGGCAACGUCCACACUAUGCACACCACGGCCGUGCCGCUCAGCGUGCUCAACUCCCAGAGCGUUUCGGGCGUGCUCAAAGUCGCCCACCGCCUCCGCGACGACCUCAACCAGCUGUCGGAUGGCAAGAUGGCCGCCAUCAUCCGCCUCCAGGGCGAGGACCUCCGCAAGCGGUUCAUGCCAAACUACAAACCCUUCUUUGGCCACGACGUCUUGAUUAGCAACCUGACAAAGUAUGACUGGACUGGUCUCACGUUUGGCGCUCUUGGUUCGCCCGUCUACACGACGAUUGUGUCCACCGCGCCGAUUCAGGCGGGGUCGCUGGUUAUCGAAGGGUCGGAUGGCACCGUGUUCAUCCAGAGUGCUCCGCAGGGGUUCAGCCCGGAGGGUAGCGGUGAGCGGAACUGUGAGGCUGCCAGCAAGGGUGCCGACUGGGGCGCCAAGCCUGGCGUGAUUGCUCUCAUCGGACUCCGCUCGUGCGAUGUCGAGGCGUUUGAGAGUCUGCCGCUGGUGAAGCGGUAUGCUGUUGUGCUGCCGUAGGUAGUCGUGGUACAUGUCUGAAGUUUCGUGAAUGCAUACAAUGGAUGUGGA